AUGACUGGAUAUACGAUGUUGCGAAAUGGGGGAGUGGGGAAUGGAGGCCAGCCCUGGGUGUUGAGAUGGUCCAGUCGGAUCCGGCUCACCUGGCUUAGUUUCACCCUCUUCAUCAUCCUCGUCUUCUUUCCCCUCAUUGCCCACUACUACCUAACCACCAUCGAUGACGCGGAGGAUGCUGGCAAGCGCAUCUUUGGCCCUCGGACCGGCAAUGAGCUGUGCGAAGUAAAGCAUGUUCAAGACCUGUGCCGCAUCCGCGAGUCGGUCAGCGAGGAGCUGCUCCAGCUGGAGGCCAAGCGGCAGGAGCUCAACAGCGAGAUCGCCAAGCUGAACUUGAAGAUUGAGGCCUGCAAAAAGAGCAUUGAAAAUGCCAAGCAGGACCUGCUGCAGCUGAAGAACGUCAUCAGCCAGACCGAGCAUUCCUACAAAGAGCUGAUGGCUCAGAACCAGCCCAAGCUCUCCUUGCCCAUCCGGCUGCUGCCAGACAAAGACGAUGCGACCUUCCCCCUGCCAAAAUCCAAUCGGAACUGCAGGCUACACAACUGCUUUGACUACUCGCGCUGCCCAUUGACAUCUGGCUUUCCAGUCUAUGUCUACAACAGUGAUGAUUACCCUUUUGGUAGUUCCUUAGACCCUUUAAUUAAACAAGCCUUUGAGGCAACUGUCAGAACUAAUGUUUAUGUUACUGAAAAUGCAAAUAUUGCUUGUGUGUAUAUAAUUUUAGUGGGGGAAAUGCAAGAGCCCGUGAUGCCAAAACCUACUGAACUAGAGCAACAGUUGCACUCUUUGCCAUAUUGGAGGACUGAUGGACAUAACCAUCUCAUCAUCAAUUUAUCAAGGAAAUCAGAAACCCAGAACUUCAUUUACAACAUCAGCACAGGGCGUGCCAUGAUUGCCCAGUCCACCUUUUACGAUGUGCAGUAUCGACCGGGGUUUGAUAUUGUGGUGUCGCCUCUCGUCCAUGCUAUGUCUGAACCCAACUUCCUAGAAAUCCCACCCCAGGUACCAGUCAAACGUAAAUAUCUGUUUAGUUUCCAGGGGGAGAAGAUCGAGUCUCUCAGAUCUAGCUUGCAAGAGGUUCGCUCUUUUGAAGAGGAAAUAGAAGGCAAUGCCCCAGCUGACUAUGACGAUCGGAUCAUCACCACCUUGAAGGCUGUUCAGGACAGCAAGUUGGACUUUGUUUUGGUGGAGUUCACGUGUAAGAACCAGCCUAAGGCGAGUCUGCCCACUGAGUGGGCUCUGUGUGGAGAAAGGGAUGACAGACUAGAGCUACUGAAGCUAUCUACUUUUGCACUGAUAAUCACCCCAGGGGACACCCGUUUAGUGAUCUCCGCGGGGUGUGCCAUGAGACUGUUUGAGGCUCUGGAAGUUGGAGCCAUCCCGGUGGUUCUCGGAGAGCAAGUUCAGCUACCCUACAAUGAUGUGAUCCGGUGGAACGAGGCAGCCUUAAUCAUACCAAAGCCACGCAUCACAGAAGUGCACUUUCUUCUGAGAAGCAUUUCUGAUAAUGAUCUCCUUGCCAUGAGGAGACAGGGCCGCUUCUUGUGGGAGACCUAUUUCUCCACCUCUGACAACGUAUUCAGCACAGUCUUAGCUAUCAUAAGGACUCGGAUCCAAAUCCCAGCUGCUCCUAUCCGAGAAGAAACCGCCGUGGAGAUUCCCCACCGGUCUGGCAAAGCUGCUGGUACAGACCCCAAUAUGGCAGACAAUGGUGACCUGGACUUGGGGCCUGUGGAAACAGAACCACCCUAUGCAUCUCCCAAGUAUCUCCGCAAUUUCACCCUCACUGCAAUGGACAUCUACAGGAAUUGGAAUUCUGCUCCGGGGCCUUUCCACCUCUUCCCCUACACUCCCUUUGACCCUGUUUUACCAUCAGAAGCAAAAUUUUUGGGGUCUGGGACUGGUUUUCGACCAAUUGGUGGAGGAGCAGGUGGCUCUGGGAAGGAGUUCCAGGCUGCUUUGGGUGGCAACGUCCCCCGGGAGCAGUUCACAGUAGUGAUGUUGACUUACGAGCGGGAGGAAGUAUUGAUGAACUCCCUAGAAAGGCUCAAUGGUCUCCCAUACUUAAAUAAAGUUGUGGUAGUGUGGAACUCUCCCAAGCUUCCCUCUGAGGAUCUCUUGUGGCCAGACAUUGGCGUCCCAAUCAUGGUAAGAAAGACGUAG